AUGAUUCUUGUUCUGUGUCUCUUUGCGUUCGCGCAUCAAGCCUCAGUAAACUCAUUGACUUUUGAAUUAGAAGACAGGUCUUCUCAAUGCUUUUAUGAGGAGUUUUCUAUUGGUGAUAGCUUUACUUUAGCGUUCAACGUAAUAUCCGGUGGGAAUUACGAUGUAGACAUGAAGCUUGAGGAUCCUCACAAAAAAGUUAUUAGAUCAUUUCACCGUUCAUCUUCUGAUGGAGUCACUGUUGAUGUUGCUGUAGGAGGUAUUUACAAAGUUUGCUUUAGUAAUUAUUUCUCUUCUAUAUCUCACAAAAUUGUGUCGAUGAUGUGGCACAAUUCCAGUUCUAAUCCUCCAGAAAGUCCAUCACUUUCGGGUGUUAGUACCCAGAUUUCAGAGAGUUUAUAUAAUUUACACGCAACAAUUUCCAAGGCUAUAACUCAGCAGUUUGAAAGUCGUUUACUUUUAACACGAUCUUAUUCAAAUGCAAUUUUUCUUCAUUAUCGUGUACUAUAUUGGUCAUUAGGUCAAGCAUUGGUUAUUAUUUUAUUUGGAAUUGGUCAAGUCUUAGUUAUGCGAUCAUUCUUCACAUCUCCAUCAAAUCAACGAUCUGCAAAGCCUAUUCCAAUGUCUAAUACACCACUACAUACAGUUAGCUUUUAA